AUGAACUCGCCCAUAGAAAACGUGGCCAACAACAACAUCAACAACUCGAACGGUGUCAUCACCGUUCUCCCUGCCGUCUUGUGUGCUGCUACCAUCCUGGCGUUGAUCUUGGUGAAGAAAGAUCGACUCGCGAAAGGACGACAACAACAGCCUCAAGGCCAACAACAACAAUCUCGCGUCAAGCCCAUUGACCCUGUCUUCCACGGAGCCUGUCUUCGUCGUUGCGCCCAAGCAAAAUUCCAACUUGCCGGCCACUAUAACGCCAGCUAUUUCAACAAUCACAGCACGACGCCCAUCACUCCUUCUCCAGAGGCGAACCAAAAGUGGGGUCGUCACUACCGCAAAGCCUACAUGGCUCGCCAGAAGCGUAUCACGCUGGAUCGCGAGUACACCCAUGUCGAUUUCGACACUUUCAGUGACGAGAUUUUCGAGAAGCAGCAAGCCCUCCUAGCCAUCAAGGCCAAUGUUAAAGUGGCGCAACGUGAGCUCCGGCAAGAGCUUCGCAAGGCUGGAUUGAGCGUCACUGCCUACAACCGAAUCAUGGAGGAAAGUGAAGAAGAAGCUUCCGACUACAAGAGGCACUACACACAAAAGGCUUGCUGCAUCUCCACCCUUGCUGUCCCCAAUGUGGCGGACCUUCUGGUGGAGUAUGGAGAAGAGCUUGUGUGCCAGUGGGUGCACGGCGACAAGGACUUGAUUGAAGACGCCAAGUUCCACAACAACAUGGUUGCGUUGAAGGAUGAUGUUGUGGGACUAGUCAAGGCGAUGACGGCACAUGAGAAGAAGCGUGUGCUGGUCGCAGACCAAGAGCCAAUCGUUGUCGAGACUGUUAAAGAGGACGACGACGACGAAGAAAUUCAAGUCGAGAAGUGCGAUGAUGGCUACGGGCCUGGUGCGAUCGUAGUGUACACGCCGCAAGUCAAGACCAUUGUAGAGGAAGCCAAAGAAGAAGAAGAGCGCAAAGACGAUCAAGAGCAGGUGGCUAUGAUCCAACAACAACAACCUUGCGUGGUGAUUGAGAACUUGCCGAAAGACAUGCCUCACUCAGUCUCAUUCUGGACCGGUGACAAUGCAUGCUACAAUCAAUGCGAGGAUGACGUUUCUUCCAUGACAAGCGUCUUGUCGGAAGACGAGUCACUGGAAGUCGAAGACAAUGGCGAUGUCUUUGGCUUGUUUGUCGAUGUCGUGGUGAAGGACAACAAUCAACAAACCGACAAUGUUGUGGAGGACAACCUUGUGGAGGAUUUCGAAGACGAUUACGAUUGCGAUGACUUCUCUCUGACUGCUGAAGAAAUUGAGGUCAUUGAACAAUACGAAGCCGAAGCCAAGCUACAACAACAAACCGACAAUGUUGUGGAGGACAAUGUUGUGGAGGAUUUCGAAGAUGAUGAUGACUUCUCGCUUCCUUCUCUGACUGGUGAACAGGAGGCGUUCCUUGCUCGAGAACUUGCAAAGUAUAUCCAACAACAACACGAGCCAGUUGUAGUCGAGACUGUCGAAGAGGACGACAACGACAUUGCAGUGGAGAAGACGGCGACUACUUCUGCCACUGAUGGCUACGGGCCUGGGGCAAUCGUCUUGUACAUUGCCAGCGCCAAACAACAACAACGCGAGCCAGUUGUGGUCGAGACUGUCGAAGAGGACGACGACGACAUUGCAGUGGAAAAGACGGCGACUACUUCUUCCACUGAUGGCUACGGGCCUGGUGCUAUUGUCUUGUACAUUGCCAGCGCCCAACAACAACAACAACAACAACCCGUCGAGACUGUUGAAGAGGACGACCAACAACAACAACAACCCGUCGAGACUGAUGCAGAGGAAGACCAACAACAAACUGUCGAGACUGAUGCAGAGGACGACAGCACAGUCAAUGUGGAAGCACCAAAGCCUCUUCGGCGGUCGCGACGACUUGCCGAGAAGAAGACACGAGAGGCACAGACCACGGCGACGACAAACGCAACCGGCAAGAAGGCAAGGGUCGCUCGGAAGAAGACAGCGACAAGAAAGCCAAAGCCCAGCGAGACACAACAACGGCCGCAGGUGACACGACGAUCUGGUCGGCAGGCGAAGAAGCCCGAUUGGUUCGUUCCGUUUUAG